AUGAGUCCCAAUCCCUCGUGGUUGCGGAUCUACGACGAGGCAGCCAAAGACCUCUUCAGCCACGACCCCAAACUCGAAGUGCUACUCGAAGAUGACAAGUGCCCGUUUGCCCACGAAGCCGGCGUUUUCAUUCCUGAGGAAAACUGCCUUUUCGUGACGAGCAACCAGUACCAGCACCCUGCUACGGGAAAAACCCACAUCCACGUCUCGCGCAUACAGCUGCCUGCGGAUGCCACCAGGACCGACGCAAAGUACGCCGAGGUCAACGUCAAAAACGUGCACAUGGCCAAUGGCGGCGUAAACUAUCAAGAUGGCAUUCUAUUCUGUUCGCAGGGCACACUCGAUACACCCGGCGGCAUAGCCUACAUGCGCUGUUCAAAUCCCCUUUCCUCGUCAUCUACUGUUACUACUUACGAAGCCAAACUUCUCGUCAGCGACUUCCACGGCCGCCCCUUUAACUCGCCUAACGACGUCGUUGUGCACUCUGACGGCUCGAUCUGGUUCACAGACCCCAACUAUGGGUUUGAGCAGAAGAUUCGGCCCAAGCCUAGACUGCCGAAUCAGGUGUAUCGGUUUGAUCCUGCUACGGGGGGUAUACGCGCUGUGGCGGAUGGGUUUGGGAGGCCGAAUGGGAUUUGUUUUAGUCCUGAUGAGAAGGUUGUGUAUGUGACGGACACGGAUUGGAUUCAUGGGGAUGGGUCGACGGAUGAUGCGAGGGUGUCGCAUAUAUAUGCGUUUGAUGUGCAGACUUACUCUGGCCAACCGUUUUUGACUAACCGACGGCUAUUUGCCAUGGCCGAUACUGGUGUUCCCGAUGGCAUCAAGUGCGAUUUGGAUGGCAAUGUCUACAGUGGAUGUGGAGAUGGACUGAACAUCUGGUCUCCCGGUGGUGUUUUGCUGGCAAAAGUCCUGGUUGACGGCGGUGUCGCCAACUUUUGUUUCGGUAAAGACGGACAAGUCUUCUUGCUGAACGAAACCAAGCUGUGGAGACUGCAGUUGCACCAACGCUGCAAAGGCGCGUUAUUGAAACUUUGA